ACUGUUACCGAAGUGGAAGCCAUAAUGACUAAUGCAAAAUCGUUCGAGAAUUUUCUUGGUGGUGUGAUUUUCGACGCGCGCGCUGAUUGGCCGAAAAUUUGAAUUUGACCAAUUAAAAAAUUAGUAACUAAAACAAGAACCGUUGAGAUUAUCAGCCAAUAGAAUUCAAAUAUUUUUUUUCAACCGCCAGCGACGCCUAGUGACUUUUGGAGAAUUAAAAUUUUGCAGUGUCAUCAUUGUUGUGGUGAAUUGAUGAAAAAUAAAUACUAAUAGAUUAAUAAGUCGAAAAAAAUAGGGUGACGUUUAUUGGACUGGAGUAAAUAAGAGCGCGAGACAAACACAGCCUCGGGAGCUACGCAACAGCAACUGCAGAGACAAAGUAAAGUUUGCCGGAAAGAACCAAGUUGUUGAGUGCCCAUCCCCGAAAUGAUCAACGACUGCGCAAAAUGGAAAAGUCUGAUGAAAUAGAAGUUUACCGAAGAGUCUGUUCAUCAGAGACAAUUUACUCCGGCAAGCGAGGCUUCUUUAAGGACUUCAUCGAGUCAAUACGCAACAGUGUUCAUAACUCGUGGAUUGACAAUGUUUUUGGCGUAUUGAGUCGAGAUGACGAGCGGGUACGCUGCGUCCUUACUGACUCAAAAAUAAAACACAUUGUCUCGGGAAUCCUUAGCAGAGUUAAACCUCUGUUUAGAGACAAGGAUGAUAAAAUUUCGACAAGUAAAAGACUCGAAGGUUGUAAACUAAUCAAUGCGAAUGAUUAUGAGAAAGCGCUGCUUUGUUUCAGUCAGGCAGUGCUCAGAGCACCUUAUGCUGGGAAAAUUAAACCUUCGAAAGAGGAUUUAAAUCUCGGGCUUGCUUUACUAGCCAGAGCCGAAGCUUUAAUGGCUUUAAGAGAAUAUGAAUUUGCAAUUAGUGACCUAGAAGCUAUUGAUUUUGACUUACCAAAAAAUUUGAGAGAACAACUGGAGCGAAAAUUGCAAGAGUGUUAUCGUCUUGUAGAAGAGUCGAAAAAAUCAAUAGACACUUACAGAUCUAAUGGCGGAGAAGUGAAAAAUAAUUACAGGAAACCGGUUUUCCCGGAGCUGACUGGGGGCUUACAUCGAUCGUUACCUGGUAUUUCGAAUCUCGUUGAAAUCCAGGAGACAAUAGAAGCUGGUAAGCAUGCAGUAGCUGCUGAUGAUGUUAAAAUUGGAGAUGUAAUAGCGCACGAAGCGCCUCUGGCAUCGUGUCUCUUACCCGAGUAUUACGGUACACAUUGUCAUCAUUGUUUUGUAAGGUUGAGAGCUCCAUUGGGAUGUUCGGUGUGCAGCAGUGUGGCCUUUUGCGGAAAAAAGUGCCGGGAUGAAGCAUUACAAACUUAUCAUAAAUACGAAUGUAAACUUCUCGUUCUGCUUAUUGGAUCGGGAAUGAGCAUCCUGAGUAUGCUGACACUGAGAAUGGUUACACAAGUGGGGCUGCAAGGAUGUCUGCAAUUGUUCCAGCGGGUGUGUGAGAAAGACAGCGCCGUAAAUAAUGUUAACUCUGAAAAGUGCCAGAGCAACUUGAGUAAAUCAUCGAAACGCCGGCUGAGAAAAAAAAAGCUCAAAGAAAGUUCUCAGCAAGCUUCUCCUGACCAUUUCUCGGUCAAGUCUGAAGAAGAGUUCAAUAAAAGGGAAAAUGUAGACGACCGAGCGUACGAUUUGGUGACUUUGGACUCAAAGCGGACUAACUUGGACUUUUUCGAGCGCACGCUAAUGGCGAUAUUCCUCGUCAAAUGUCUCCAGCGAGUUGACUUUUUAGAAAAUACUUCCCAAGAUUCACCGACUGGAAAUGAAGUAGCUGUUGCGGCGUUAUUGUUACGAAACCUCCAAUUAUUGCAAUUCAAUGCCCACGAAAUUUUCGAAACACGUGUUAGUAACGAGCAUCGAUUUCGUGGGAGCAAAACAGUUUAUCUUGGGGUUGCAAUUUAUCCAGGAGUUGCUCGUUUCAAUCACGAUUGUUAUCCAGCCGUAACUAGAUAUUUCAGCGGUCGUGAUAUAGUUAUAAAAGCGACGCGACCUUUGACAAAGGGGCAAGUUAUCGCUGAAAAUUACGGCCCAAUAUUCACAAAGAGAAACUUUAAGGAACGCCAAAGAAACCUCGAAGGACGGUACUGGUUUAAGUGUACUUGUGAUCCUUGUAAGCAAGAUUGGCCCACGUUCGAGGAAUUGAUUAAUUGUUCUCCUAAAAUUAGGUGUACAACAGAAAACUGUAAGGGAUUACUGCUCCAAGGAAUUCACUCGAGUAAUUUAGUAAAGUGUACGUCUUGUAAAAAAAAGAUAAAUCUCGAAAGCAGUAUAAUAAGCUUAAGCUAUUGUGAAGAGAAUUACAGUCAAGGACUAGCAAGUAUGGAACAAGAAAAUCCCGAUGAAGCAAUAGAGAAAAUCACAAAAGCACUUGAUAAAUUUCAUAGAAUAGCUUCACCGCCCCAUCGUGAGACUCAUUUAGCUGAAAUCGCGUUAGCCGCUUGUAUGGCUGAUUCCGGCAAUAGAUGGAGACCGACAUUUACCUAGAUUGUGUUUAUUAAUAAUAUUUACAGUCUAAUAACAUUACUAUGCAUUUAUAUUUAAUAAUUUUUAAAAAACUUCACUAAAAAAUUUUUAUCAUUUU